AACAAAGUAGAAGGGGCAAUGCCUCUAUUUCAAUCACUGUGAAUACUGGAUUCGGUCAGGUCUUUCCAUCAGUUAUGUAUGUGUGUGUUGCUUUAUAAAAGCUCUUCUUGGGGGUCAUCUUUGGCGUUAUAAGUAAGAGUAGCCGGUGGAGAACUCGAGGAAGAUUAACUAUCGAAGAAUAGAGAUCGAAGCGGCCGGAUCAGGUAUAGAAACGGAGCCGUAUACCGAACAUGGCUAGCUAGUUGUAUUGGUUCAACAAGAAGGUUGAAACUUACAUGUUUGAGUACUUUUUGGAGACAGAAAAUAUGUACCAACAUCAAGGGAAGAGCAUGCACCAUGAGAGACAUUUGUUCCUGCAAGGAGGGAAUGGCCCUGGAGAUUCUGGUCUUGUUCUUUCGACCGAUGCCAAGCCAAGACUCAAGUGGACGCCUGAUCUUCAUGAACGGUUCAUCAAAGCAGUCAAUCAGCUCGGGGGUGCCGACAAGGCUACUCCUAAAACGGUAAUGAAACUAAUGGAUAUUCCCGGCCUUACCUUAUACCAUCUCAAGAGUCAUCUUCAGAAAUAUAGACUCAGUAAAAAUCUCCAUGGACAAGCUAAUAAUGGAAGUAACAAGAUAGGUGCGGUUGCGACGGCUGGGGAUAGAAUGUCCGAAGCAAAUGGAACUCACAUCAAUAACUUAAGUAUUGGACCUCAAACAAACAAAGGCUUACAAAUCGGUGAAGCUCUGCAAAUGCAAAUCGAAGUGCAGAGAAGGCUGCAUGAACAGCUUGAGGUGCAGCGACAUUUACAGCUUCGUAUUGAGGCUCAAGGGAAAUACUUACAGGCAGUGCUGGAAAAAGCUCAAGAAACACUUGGAAGACAAAACUUGGGUAACACGGGACUCGAAGCAGCCAAAGUGCAGUUAUCUGAACUGGUGUCCAAAGUGUCGAACCAAUGCCUGAAUUCCGCGUUUCCAGAUUUGAAAGACUUGCAAGGCCUAUGCCCCCAGCAUGGGCUAACACAAGGGACUCCACCUGCUGAUUGUUCAAUGGAUAGUUGCUUGACUUCAUGUGAUGGAUCUCAGAAAGAGCAAGAAAUACACAACAAUGGGAUUUGUUUAAGAACAUACAACAGCAAUUCAUUACCGGAAGAUCGACUGCUACCGCAAACUGAGCUCAAAUUGUUCAACAAUAUCAAAAUAGGCAACGAUGCAGAACGAAGAAUGUUUUUUGCAGAUAGAUGCACCAGUGAUUUAUCCAUGAGAAUGGGAUUACAAGGCGAAAAAGGGCAUCCCAGCAACAAUAGCAGAAAUGAAGAUCGAGAGAGCUUAAGACUACCUUAUUGUGCAACAAAGCUGGACUUAAAUGUCCAUGAAGACAAUGAUGCUACUUCAAGCUGCAAACAGUUUGAUUUGAAUGGUCUAAGCUGGAACUGAAAAGGGUCUGUCGAUCUUAAUAGCUGGAGAAACCAAAAGUGGUUGGAGUUCAUCGGAAGAGGAGACUUGAGAAGAAAAUGUUGCUCUUUCUGAUUCAUCUAUGACCCGCUUGAUAAAACCAAAACUAAUUCAAUCUUUAAUUGAAUAAAGUUUGCAGCUAAAAAAGGGUAGAUUUUGCUUCUUGCAACUACAUAAAACAUUAGAUAUGCAGGAAAACAUGGAUUGAUCUGAUUAGAGCGUUAGUGUUAAAAUGCUCAAAGACUUUGCUUUCAUCUGUACAUCAUAACAUUUUAACUUUAACAUGCUAAUAAUCAUAUAAUU